AAUCUAAUCUAUAGAGGAGGAAGAAUCUUUCCUGUGAUAAUGGAAGAUUUGCUUAAAAAAGGGAUGAAGAAUGCCAAAAAUGCCAUUCUUUCUGGAAGUUCUGCAGGGGGCAUAGCUGCAAUUUUGCAUUGUGAUCGGUUUCGAUUACUUUUGCCAUUCGACGCAAAAGAUAAAUGCUUUUCUGAUUCUGCAUAUUUUGUGCACGAGAAAUAUUUGAUGGGGGAGAAGAAAUUUGAGAGUGCCUUUGAAGGAUUGAAAACUUUACAUGGAUCAAGUCAAAUGCUGCAUUUAUCUUGCACUAAGAAAUUAAUCAAACCAAGUCUUUUAAGAACAUUUGCAUACAUACAUACACCUUGUUUAGAUGCGUUUUAUGUCCACCAAUAUUAAUUUUAAAUUAUUCAAUUUAUAGUGUUUUUUCCCCAAUAUAUAUUUUGCCACACGUUAGAACUCCGGUAUUCAUUGCCAUGUCUUCUUUUGACGAAGUACAAGUUAGUUCAUUACAAAUUUAUAUGCACAAACUUAGAUGGUGAAUAUUAUCCCAUCUUUAAGAACUAUAUCUAAAGUUUGGUUAAAACUUUAUUUUCUUUUAUUAUCUAGAACAUUAUGACUCUAGUAUUCCUCAUUUAUUUUGA